AUGUCGUUGCUGUCGUUUAUUCAUUCACAGCUGUUUGUCGAACCUCCGAUCCCUGAUCAUGACUUCACAGGGCAAACCUUUGUCAUUACUGGAGGCAAUACCGGCCUCGGAUUCGAGGCUGCCAGGCUUUUGAUGCGUUUAAAUGCGUCUCGAAUCAUUCUCGGCGUUAGAUCCUUGGAGAAAGGCGCAGAAACUAUUAGCCGCCUGAAGAGCAGCAUUGGCCAUACCUCAGCUCCUUGCUCCUUGGACAUGUUUGAAUUGGAUUUGGAAAGCUACUCAUCGGUUCAGAUGUUUGCAAAGUCAGUGGGCACGCUAGGUCGAGUUGACGGCGUUCUUCUCAACGCCGGGAAAGUGACCCAAAAAUUCUACUUGGCCGAGGGGAAUGAAAGCACGUUGACAGUCAACGUCACCGCAACAUUCUUACUGGCUAUUCUCCUCCUCCCAGUUUUACGCCAGUCAGUGACAGAAGGGGGUAGCAGCCCACGCUUGAGCAUUGUCAGCUCAGACCGCCACGUCGAAAGUAAAUUACCUGAAUGGAAGAAGAGUAACACAUUUGCUGCUCUGAAUGACUCUAGCAGAGCAGUAAUGGAUAAACGCUAUCACGUUUCGAAACUACUCCAGAUACUGAUGGGGAGAACUCUUGCCCAGAAGCUUGGGGAUGUUCAACAGGGAGGGAACCAGAUUAUUGUCAAUAUGAUGACCCCGGGAAUGUGUAAGUCCGGGCUAAUAAAGAAUCUGCGCGGGCUAUUCGGGGCGCAAACCGCCGUCAUGAGUCGGUUGCUCGCAAGAUCCACUGAAGUGGGUGCCAGAACACUUGUUGCUGCCUUGGCCCAGGGCGCCGAGAGUCACGGAAAAUACAUGAACGAUGGACGAGUACAAGAGUAA